UACCCCAUUUUAUUUCUCAUUUCCGUUUGUUUUCUCUUCUACCACCCUAUGGCCAAGGACCUCGAAGAACUCCAAGAAUCCGACGUUAUUUUUGCCGAACAAGACCGCCGCCGCCGCCUCAACAAGGACACUCGCCCAAACAACAAAGAAAUGGGGCAUCAGAACAUCAAGUCCAAGAACAGCAAGCUUGAGAAAAGAAUGGGCAAUUACUCGCUCCCCGUCAAUGUCCCCGAUAGAGAUAUAUUCCGCCAUGCGGUUAGCGAUGACCUUGAAGAGGAUGGGUAUGGCGAGGAAAUGGUACCGCCCCACGUCAUCACAGGGCGUCGAGCCGCCGGAAAAAUGGCGUACUCUGUUUGCACUGGCAACGGGCGGACCCUCAAGGGCCGGGAUUUAAGUCGAGUUCGGAACUCGAUUCUAAGGAUGACUGGCUUUCUGGAAACAUGAGUACCAGUACUACUGCAAUAUGAGUCUAUGGCCGAGGCUGUUCUUCAUAUUUUUUUCUCUUUUUCCAGAAGAAAGAAAAUAAAAAGCGGAAAGGAAAAUAUCCUCAAGCUUAUGUUUGCUUAGGAUUAUCAUUCAUUGUAACGGAAGAAAACUUGGGAUAAGGCCAGAAAUGAAAUUUGAUUUUAUGGAUUCA